ACACCGCAUUCAUAAUGUCGUGUUGUGUUGUUUUAUUAAGAGGAUAUUGACGACUGUGUGGGUUUGGACAAGAUUGAUGAACGGAAGCAACACGCAAGUGCUUGUUUGUUUUUAAAAACUCUCCUUGUUGUUCAUAUGUUAACUACGGCCGUGCGCCUGCCUGCCAGUCACUCACAAGUUGGCUUCAGCUGGGAAGUCGAGCGAAGUCUUGUAAACAUCCAUAUAAAGUCUAUUAAGUGUUAACUCUGGCGUGCUAAUAGAAGCUCUUAUUUAUUCAAGUUAACUUCAGCUUGGCUAUCUUUGAUAUAGCUCCUGUACUGUUCGAACUUCUAUGCCACGGGUAUGAGACAGAAGUUGGUUUCAGCUGGAAAUUCAAACAGACUUUUAUAAAGUCGUCGACAUAUAAAUACAUGGACAUGGUGUUGGCUUGAUAAGUCUUGAUAUAUCACGAACGCAAAGUUACAACUGGAAAUUCGAACAUAGUCAUAGAAAGAAACAUCGAAAGAAACGGUCUGUACUAUUGUGUAUAUUGGAAGUCGAAGGUUUGAAAUCGACGUCAAUAAAGAAAUCAAGACACCUGUAAUUAUCCCAGCACUCGGUGUCAUUUACAGAAAGAACUUCUUUUGUUAGCUUCGAGUUGAACAUUGCUUUCUAUUCUCUUUCGUUUUACAAUUUGAUUCAAUUUAAUCCUUGAAAUCGAAGACUGUUAAUAGAUCAUUGAAUCCUGUCGUCAUUGUCACUAACACGUACAGCACUUGAACAUUUUGGCUUUACUGGGAAGUUAUAGACAAGCUCAAGAAUUAUACCCAGAUACAAAUAAUUCAAUUUAAAAGCUUUUCGAACGAUGAAAAUGAGUAACCUAAACUUCAGUGAUCCUCGCGUACUACGUUGCCUUGAAUUGUUUUCAAAAUGUACCGCAAAUAAUAGCAUAAAUAUCAGGGAUGUCGAUUGGUGUGACGAACAUUGCAUAGACUUACACUAUCACUGUCCUAAGCUGCAUAGCCUUCAGUGUCCAGAGCCUGGUCCAGAGCAAGAAGCUCAGCUGGAACUACCGACGAUUCUAUUGGUUGUUUUCAUCUUAAUUGCCGUAUCUAGUUUUCUGGCGAACGGAUUCAUGUGCGUGGUCUACUCGCUUUCCAAAGAAAUACGAACAGCUAAGCAUUACUUCAUGGUGAAUUUGGGCAUAGCAGACAUACUUAUAGCGGUGUUUGGAAUCCCCUUUUAUCUCACAGAGUAUAUCAAAGGUGACUCGAAAACGCUGUGUCAAAUCGGCUCGAUGGUAGACGUGUUGUGUUGUACGUGCUCCAUAAUCAGUUUCACCGUGAUAAGCGCAGAACGUUUCGUGGCCGUCAAGUACCCGUUGCGUUAUCAGACAAUCGUGUCACGAAAACGUUGUCUAGUGGCUCUUUGUUUCGUGUGGGGCUACUCUAUCGCGAUCUCUCUCGCAUCUAGAAUUCCCGUUGGUGAAUUUGAUAUGGGACGGUGCGUGUUCUUCACGGAUGGCUAUAUAAUUUUCACCACCUUUGCAAGCUUUCUGCUUCCAUUAUUGGCAAUGAUUUUGACAUACGGCUGGAUCUACAAAGUCGCUACGUACCAAGCACGUCAGAUCAACAACAGCAUUCCUCAUGCAGUCAAUCGAACGAAACGCGAAUUCAAAGCAGCGAAAACUCUAACUUUGAUCAUCGGAGCUUUCAUAGUGUCCUGGCUACCACUCUUCUGUUAUAUUUGGGUUUUUAGUCUGUAUAAAGUACAGGUAGCUUUCUCUGAAUUACACUACAUCGUACAGAUAGUGCGCUAUCUAAACGGACUAGUGAACCCCUUUAUAUAUGUGGGGAUUAACCGAGAGUUUCGACGCAGUACAUUCAAAUUGCUGAAAGGGAUUUUACCACGCAGGGAACGAUGUGGUAGCGAGACAAAUAACGAAUGUACUCAGACGAGCGAAGUGGUCCUCAGGGAAAUUUCAGCAGCGUAGCCGUAACAGGCGCAUCUUUGUUGUAGUUGAAAGCUAUGUACAGUAUAUAGUUAACAUAUUUUUUUUUUGGGGGGGGGGGGGAGAGGACUGGGACAAAGAUAAUUUUACGUGGUAUAUGAAAACCUACUGAAAUAUAAAUGCCGCCCAGCACUGAAAACUGAGUUUUCAUGCGUUGGUUUUUUCUCAUCCGUCCAUAUUUUGGAAAGUAUACGUAUUAGUAUUUAUUUUCCAAGCAAGACAACCAAAAAUAUAAAAUGUGCGAGAAUAAAAUCAGGCUGCAUGACGUGCAGGUUAAACUUUCAACACGCAUUUAUCACGCAUAGCGACGCCACGUUGCCGACAAUCUACUCCUUACUUUGGAUGUACAUGUCACUGUGCCUGUGAUAUUAGAUAAUUCACUCUUCUUUUUUAUUUUUAAUUUCAUUCUUGUCAAUAAAAUCCAAUAAAAAAUAAGCGUGAUCAAAUUGUAAAUAGAUUAAUAUCAUAUUAUUAAUUUAUUGUACGAUCAUCCAGA